AUGACGACCGCCUCAAGCACAGCUGUCACAGUGACCUUUGCCACCACCGAGAGCAUGAGCGCAACAACAGAGUCAAAUGUCACAACAGCGACCCACACAGCUACGACAAGCACCAGCAGAAGCUUCAGCCUAACCGGCACGUCCAGCACUACCACGGACACUGACACAUCUACCAUAACCGUCAGCACGCAGUCGAGCAAGACCAGCACAUCCACCUCAAGCACAGCUGUCACAGUGACCUUUGCCACCACCGAGAGUAUGAGCGCAACGACAGAGUCAAAUGUCACAACAGCGACCCACACAGCUACGACAAGCAGCAGCAGAAGCUUCAGCCAAACCGGCACGUCCAGCACUACCACGGACACUGACACAUCUACCAUAACCGUCAGCACGCGGUCGAGCCAGACAAACACAUCCAGCUUGACAACGCCUACCGUCACGACGACUACACGUACGAGCGGAACGUCAUCCACGACGACUGGAAGCACUCGCACUGAGACCAGCAUGACGACCGCCUCAAGCACAGCUGUCACAGUGACCUUUGCCACCACCGAGAGUAUGAGUGCAACAACAGAGUCAAAUGUCACAACAGCGACCCACACAGCUACGACAAGCAGCAGCAGAAGCUUCAGCCAAACCGGCACGUCCAGCACUACCACGGACACUGACACAUCUACCAUAACCGUCAGCACGCGGUCGAGCCAGACAAACACAUCCAGCUUGACAACGCCUACCGUCACGACGACUACACGUACGAGCGGAACGUCAUCCACGACGACUGGAAGCACUCGCACUGAGACCAGCAUGACGACCGCCUCAAGCACAGCUGUCACAGUGACCUUUGCCACCACCGAGAGUAUGAGUGCAACAACAGAGUCAAAUGUCACAACAGCGACCCACACAGCUACGACAAGCAGCAGCAGAAGCUUCAGCCUAACCGGCACGUCCAGCACUACCACGGACACUGACACAUCUACCAGGACCCUUAGCACGCGGUCGAGCCAGACAAACACAUCCAGCUUGACAACGCCUACCGUCACGACGACUACACGUACGAGCGGAACGUCCUCCACCACGUUUGGAAGCACUCGCAUUGAGACCAGCAUGACGACAGCCUCAAGCACAGCUGUCACAGUGACCUUUGCCACCACCGAGAGUGUGAGCGCAACGACAGAGUCAAAUGUCACAGCAGCGACCCACACAGCUACGACAAGCACCAGCAGAAGCUUCAGCCAAACCGGCACGUCCAGCACUACCACGGACACUGACACAUCUACCAUAACCGUCAGCACGCGGUCGAGCCAGACAAACACAUCCAGCUUGACAACGCCUACCGUCACGACGACUACACGUACGAGCGGAACGUCCUCCACCACGUUUGGAAGCACUCGCAUUGAGACCAGCAUGACGACAGCCUCAAGCACAGCUGUCACAGUGACCUUUGCCACCACCGAGAGUAUGAGCGCAACGACAGAGUCAAAUGUCACAACAGCGACCCACACAGCUACGACAAGCACCAGCAGAAGCUUCAGCAGAACUGGCACGUCCAGCACUACCACGGACACUGACACAUCUACCAUAACCGUCAGCACGCAGUCGAGCAAGACCAGCACAUCUAGCUUGACAACGCCUACCGUCACGACGACUACACAUACGAGCGGAACGUCCUCCACCACGACUGGAAGCACUCGCAUUGAGACCAGCAUGACGACAGCCUCAAUCACAGCUGUCACAGUGACCACCGCCACCACCGAGAGUAUGAGCGCAACGACAGAGUCAAAUGUCACAACAGCGACCCACACAGCUACGACAAGCACCAGCACAAGCUUCAGCCUAACCAGCACGUCCAGCACUACCACGGACACCGAAACUUCUACGGAGUCCACCAACACGCGUUCUAGUCAGACGAACUCAUCCAGCUUGACAACGCGCACUGACACGACAAUGACGCAAACCAGCGGAACGUUUACCAUCACGACUGAGAUUCCUACCACUACGACUGUCAUCACUCUCAGUGAGACUCGCAGCACAUCAGAAACCAGCAUCAGCAUCACAGUUACCAUAAUAAGCGAUACUUCCACCACCACUACAACUGCCAGCACUUUCAGCCAGAGCAGCAGCACAUCGUCAACACGCACGAGUGUUACAGCCACAAGCUUGAGCGAGACGUCCAGCAUCACCACCGUCAGCACACUCAGCGAGACUAGCAUCACAUCAAUAACCAGCGCAAGCGGCACGGUCACAAGCACGAGCGAGACUUUUACAUCUACGACUGCCAGUACUCUCAGCGAAACCACAAGCACACACGCAACAAGCACGAGCACCUUCAGCAGCACAAGCAGUAUAUCAAUGAUCAGUACAAGCGUUACAGCCACAACUGCCACCAGCAGCGAAACUUCGGACAGCAUGACCAGUACGACAACGGGCACCAGCUCAUCAAAUAGUCAUAUCACGAUUUCAAAGUCGAGCGUGGCGGCAACAAGUGUUACAGGGUCCCCGACUACCACCAUAGCUGACAGCGUUACGUGGCCGAGCACGACGGUGGUCAGGGGCCACAUCGUACUCCUGGUCUCGGACGUUACCAGCUUCGUGGAGGACCCCCGGUCGAUCGCAGCCGUGGAGAGCUCGAUCGCGAUUCUCACAGGGGCCCCGACGUCGACAGUCAGCGUCGAGAUGAGCGUGGCAGGGAGGCGGCUGCAGCAUCGUGCCCGGGCUCACGGCCCGCCCGAACGCCUCCUCACCGAGGCGGACUCUGCCGCCGUCAGCGUCUCGUUCACCAUCUCGCCGGGCUCCGAGGACGGGGCGAUCGCCGUGACCGCGGCGCUCGAGGCCCUCGACCUCGCCUCCGUGGCGGAGGUCGUCGGCGCCGAGCUGCGGAACGCGGGGCUGGACGCGGGCGCCGUGCUCGAGGUCGCGAGCCUCGAGGUCACCGAGGCGCCGGCGCGGCCGCCCGCCGCCGCCGCCGCCGCAUCGGCGGGCGCACCGGGGCACCUCCGCCUGGUGGCGGGCCUGGCGGUGGCGGGCCUGCUGCUCUGUGGCAGCUCCCUCGGCUGUGCGGCCUGUGUCAGGAGGGAGAGGCUCAAGCGCCGCAGCCGUGGCGCAGGGACGACUGGCGCCAAGGCCGCGCUCCACGACGUCGUCUACGACCACGGCUCCGGCGUCACCGUGGCCUCGCCCGCGAAGGCCUCCGACGGCGCGCGCCCCUUGGCAGAAGAGGCGCCGGGCCGCCCCCCCCACCCGCAUCGGCGGUGGCCGCUGGAGCCCGCCGCCCGCUCCGCGGAGGCGGCGCAGCACGCCGCCGCCCCGGCGGCGCCAAGCCGCGGCGCCCGUGGGGAGCCAGGGGUAUUCCCUGACCUACUCAUGGGCGUCUCAUCCUUGUACUGGUGA